AACUAAUGGCGGCGAAGGGCACCAGCAAUGGGGUGAACAUGUUUUGAAGAUAACUUGUAUACAAAUGGAUUUGCGGAAUUCCCCUAGUCCUUCGCAAUUUAAAUCGUACUUUCAUACAGCUCAUUUUGCUAUACUGGGAUCAUGACUAUAAAACGAAAAGAUUUUCAGAAGGCUGCUGCCUUCUUACAUGAAUUUCUUUUGAAGCUGAAUGAGGAAUCAGAAUGUGCAGAACUCAGGGAUGUUCUAAAUUUAGCACUGCUACAGUUACAGAAAUACUAUCGCCAGCUGCAGCAUCGAUCACAAGACAAAAAUGUAACAACUUUAUCAUUAACUGCAAGAGGACUAAGUCCUAUGACACCUUUUGUGGACGCACCAGACAAAUUUCAAUGGAAAUGGCUAAACUUGGACAGUAUAAAAAAUAUUACUGGUGUACGGACAGACGAAAGUAUGAACAUAACUGUGUUACCUCCCUUGAUAGAUGCUACAAAACGAGGAGAUUAUCACACAGUAAAAGAAUUAAUAGAUGAUGAUCCAUCACACGUUGAGGAAAGAGAUGGCACUGGACGUACACCUUUGUAUUAUGCAAUACAUUUUAAACACAUGGAAAUUUUACAUCAUUUACUGGAAAAUAGCUGUGAAGUAAAUUCUUCAGCACAUGAUGGAUCAACUGCCUUACACCAAGCUUGCCAUGAUGGGAAUCAUGUAGGACUAAGUUUAUUACUUCAAUGUGGGGGAGAUUUUACUAUCCAAGAUACACAAGGGAGAGCGCCCAUACAUUGGGCAGUUACUACAAAGACAACAGAAUGUCUUAAGUAUUUGAUAGCAAACCAGGCUGAUGUCAAUGUACGAGACAAAGAUGGAUUGACACCAUGUAUGUGGGCGUGUCGUCUUGAUCAUAUUAAACAUUUUGAACUAUUGACCUCAGCAAGAUCCUUCCGUCCAGAAGAGCAUGAUGGGAUUGAACGAGAUAAUGGUGGAAGGACAUGGAUGCAUUGGUCUAUUAGAAGGACAGAACCUCUUGAAUGUUUACAGACUUUACUGACAGCAGAAACAGCCACUAUACAAGAUGAAGACGGCAAGACAGUAUUACUGCUAGCUGCUGAAAUGGGUUCUCUGUUAGCUUGCAAGAUAAUAGUUGAAAUUGGAGGAUAUAAUCGUGUGCACGACAGAGAUAAUCAAGAUAGGACCGUGUUACAUCUGGCCGCUAUUGGUGGUCAUGGUGAUGUGGUUAAUUAUCUGUUGGACAAGGGAGCUGAUCUGGAAGCUAGGGACAAGUUCAACAUUUCGCCAUGGGACUACGCCAGAAAUAAACAGUUACAUUAUUGUCAGUUGAUUAUAAUGUCACAUCAGCGCCAAAGAUUAAAAAGUAAUCCCACAAGUCCUCUUCCUAAUGGCCUCGGUCUGAGUCUUGGCAGUUUAAACGGGUACAUGAAUGGUGAUGAUUAUGAUCACAUGAUUAAUACUCAAGACAGUUUUGAUAAUAUGCCAAUUACUCCACCUCAUCCUCCCAAGCGACCACGAACAGGAAGACAUCCAAUCAGAAGAUCCCACAGUCUGACUUCUCCUGACAGAGGGCGCUCUUACAUUCCAGCAGACCAGGAAAGACUUAUUAUUAGUGCUGGUGGAGAUCUCCAACAAGGGAGAUCAUCCUUAACAAGUGACAGCAGACCUAGCUCCUAUUCAAAUAGAGAACAGUAUACAAGGAGAGAUACAGGGAGACACAAUGAAAGAAUAGAGGUUUCUUUAAAUCCCAGGCAAACAUCUGCAGAUGGUAGAAUACCUAGUGAACAUAGGAGAAGAGAGGAUAACAGAUUUGACCCUCACAGUGAACAUAGGCGGACAGAGGAUAAUAGAUUUGACCCUCACAGUGAACAUAGGCGGACAGAGGAUAACAGAUUUGACCCUCACAGUGAAUAUAGGCGGACAGAGGAUAAUAGAUUUGACCCUCCUAAUGAACAUAGGAGGAGAGAUGAUAACAGAUUUGAUCCUCCAAGUGACAAUAGGUUUAACCAGCCAAACAAUAGAUUUGAAUCUUCUAGAGACAAUAGGUUUAAUUCGGAAGAUGGAUUAGAUUCAGCAGACGGUCGUUUUAAUUCAACUGUUGAUAGUGGAUUUCAUUCGAACGUUAAUAGACGAUUAAAUUCCACAGGGGAUGGACAUUUUAAUGAUGACAGGAGAUUUAAUUCUGAAUACGAAGUGCUAGAAAGACCUAAUGAUGUCGAUAUGGAAGAUGAUAAUAGAUCCAAUCCAGAUGAUGAUAUUGAUAAUGUCAGUGUUGGUGGAAUGGACGUUUCAGAUAUUGAGGAUGAUGAGAAAGGUCCUCCAAUGACAUCACGGAGGUCAGAUACAAGGUCAGAUACAAGUGGGUCAAUGCACCAUCCUCGACCACCACCAAGAAGAAAUCAACAACAGAAAUCCUAUGCACAGCCUUUGGAGCCUCCAUACAGACAGCAAAGUUCAUCACAAGACUAUAACGAGUACCCAGAUGAUAGAAGGGAUAAUUUCCGUCAAAAUGAAGCUUUAAGUCGUUCUGAUGGAUUCUUAAAUAGCCGACAGGAUAAUUUUCCUAAAAAUAGAUCAAUGGAAUUCCCUGGCAACAAAUCUAUGCAACCAAAGCCUCCUUCAAAAUUUAACCAAAGAGUUAUUUCCCCGAAUUUCAAUCCCCCAUUGAACAGUAAUACUGACAACUUUCCACCAGGAAAACCGAGGCCAGCACCAAGGCAACCAAGUAUGCCCAAGCCACGUCCACCUCCACGAAGAACACCGUCACCCACACAGCCAGGAUCAAGAGACCAGAUAUACAGUCCGCCACUGUCAAGUCAGAGCAAUGAUUUGCCUAUACAAAAACCAUCUCCUCCGCCUCCAAUAGAUUCAAACAGACCAGAUUCUGGCUCUAAACCCCCAGGUGUUGUGGAAGGAAGACGUAUACCACCACCCAUGUUAAUGCCAUUAGAAAAUGCACCAAAACCUCCAAUGCUAAGUAUUUUAGAUAGAAAGGAAGAAAAGAGGAAAAAGAGAAGAAAAAAGAAAGAAAGGGAACAAGAAAGGGAGAGGGAGCGAGAUUUGGAUUUGAAAUCUCCACCAAUGGAUAUCGAACCUCCCAGGGGAUAUGCUGCCCCACUCCAUCCACCACCCUCUGCAACUACCCGACCUCCAAGGGCACAGUCUGGUGUUCCUGCUCCAAAGUUUUCUAAACAACCACCUCAGAGGCAUGAACAAAGAUUGGUGUAUGAGAGCAUGGAUGAAGAAACAAAAGAUGAUUUUGAACCACCAAAAAUAAAUGGCCAUGCAGUUCCAAUAAAAGAAGGUCCUCCAAAAUCUGGAAAGCCAGUCCACCGGACACAGUCAUUAGAGAGUGAAGAUUUAGAAAUGGAAUUGAUUGGCCAGUCUUAUGAUACAAUAAAUGAGGAAGAUGAUCAAGCUGGACCAUUGAUUCCUCCACCUAAAGGAUUUGGAAGUCCAUCCAAAUCUCCAGCGGGGAGACCACUUUCACAUUCUGUUCCACAGGACAACAGAACAGCAAGAAUGACUCCUACAAGUGCUAAACCUCCACUACCACAGUCUGGUAGAUCCAGUGUACAGUCAGGCCGUACCAGUGCAUCGUACCGAAGGAAAAGUCCAUCACCUCAUCGGAGGUCACGCCCACCUACAGGGGGACGUUCUAGCAGUACUUCAUCAUAGUUUUAUAAUUAGUUUUUAUAUUCCGUCCAUAUUACAAUGACUAGUCUGUAUAUGUUAUUUAUUUAUUUGUGUAUUGCAGGAUAUUGAAAUUUCCUAUUGGAAUUUCUUCAAAAACUCAUUUAUUUAUUUAGCAUUUUUCUUCCAAAAAAUUUAACAUGUUGUUUUUAAUCUACAUCUACAUUGUAGUUUCCCUGUAGUUAAACUAAGACUAAAGGUAAAGGGUAUUAAGAAAAUGUGAAAUCAAUAAAGGUUUCUCUAAUUCAGAAAUUACCGGAUUGUUUCUCUUUAGCAAUGUUUAGUUUAAUGGAAAUAGAUGGUAGUUGUAUCAACACAAGGAAGAUAGAAAAUAGUAUUAAUAAAUUUUAGAUAAUUUUUUCAGGGCUGAAAAUAUAAUUUCUUCUUAUUUAUUAGUGUAAAACUUCAAUGGGAAAUAUUGAAUGUAGUAAAAAGGAAAAGUAGUAUCAGCAAUGUAAAGUUAUGGUUUGUAAAUGUGCUUUAAAUGUUAGAACAUUUAUAUUUUUAUACUUUGUUAAAAUAUGUUAAGAUUUAUAUGUUAUUUAUUUACAACCCAAUGUUUGUUAAAAGAGGAUAUAUAUAUAUAUAUAAACACACACAAUUACACAUAUACACAAAUAUAUAUGUAUAUAUAUAUAUAAACAAGUCUAAAUUAUAUAUAUAUAUAUUUAUUUUUUCUUUAUUUUUCUUAAGGAAUUGUCAUACGGUUAUUUACAAGCAUAGUUGUAUGACUAAGAUAUAAUAAUUUUACUUGAUACAUUAUUAAGCUUAUAAGUUUUAUUCUCUAUGUAUUUAUUUUACUCUUUUUUAAACAAACGGAAACUUUGGUUUUUAUACUUUGGAGUGAAAAAUGAUCAGAAGAUAUUGAAUUGUAAAAAACCUUGUUAAUGGACUUGUUCAUAGGCAAAAAACAUUCAAAUAGACUAUAGCUAUAGCUCUGAUUCAAAAAGAUAUUUGAUGUUGAAAAUGAUAAGAAGAAUGCCAAGCCUACUUGAAGUAUUUUUUCAAACUGGCCUGUGGAAAUGCUAAAGAUUUAAUUUUUGUGGCAUUGGUAUAAUUUUAAUAAAUUUCUAGGAAAAGAAAAAUUCCUUUGUUUUUUAUUUUUGCAUUUAGGGUUAUUUAAUAAAAAAAACAUACACGAGCCCCAUGGAAAGCACUUCAAAGUCUCAUCUAAGGGUGGGUAUUUAGAAUAGUGAAUGUGUAAUAGAAGUACUCAAAUUGCCUAUAUAGAUGGUAACCUUAUUUUCAAAGUGCCUUCCCUGGUCACAAUGUAUGUUUUAAUUGAACAGCCCUUAUGAAGUAUUAAAUAGAUAUUUAUGAAUUUUUCUGACAAACUUUUACAUAAAGAAUUCUUAAAAUUCUUGAUCAUGUCUAGAUUUUUUUAAACCUGAUAUGUAUAUUUAUAUAUAAUAUAGCACUGUAUAUAGAUGAGCACAUUUUUCAUCUCAUUCAUCAUGUGCCAAAUCAAAUUUUAAAGAGAAUUUUGUUUGUCUUAUUUAAAUGUUUUUUAUUACUGUUUUAAUGAAUCUAGAAACGUAUCAAUUUUUUAAUGCCUUAAAUAUCGAGAAAAAGGUUAUAAGCAAAAAAAGGAAUGUUUAUCUCACAGUGUGCAUUCCUUUGUUCAGCAACAGAACAUCUGUUGUGUAUGAUUGAACCUUAAUAGAAAUACAAAGGAACUUGACCAAGAAAUGAUCUGAUAUGUUGCCUAAUGAUAGAAAUCAUUUUCAUGUAAUAUUUUAAGUAAAAAGUACAUUUACAUUUGGUAGAUAGUAUUGGAAAUUUGGCAAUAAAUUGAAAGGCAUUAUAGCUAUUUGCUGACAUAACAUGUUAAAAUAAAAUACAUAUUGCAUGCAAGGGAGAAUUUGAUUUAAAUAUUAGAUGUGAAAACUUCUGUGUUAGUCCUUUUGUUAAUUUACAUUCAAAUAAAAAAAUAAUGCAUUAUGGAAUAACAUCCUUCCAUUCACAUUUCAAAUAGGGCACUAUAACAAAAGUUUGUUUUAAAUAAAUAUCAUUAAACUUGUACAGAAUCUUAUGAACAGUAAGCUCCAUUUGACAUUGAAGAUUUCGGCUAUUGUCAUUCCAAAUGUACAGGCAGAACUUAUUUCAUGAACAAAUGUGUUUACAUCCCCUCAUGAAUUUUGUUGAACAAAAUUAAAGGCUUAUUUGACAACGAUAGGGGAACGGCCAUAUCAUGCUUUCAUGGCACAGCUGUUUGUAUGUUUAUAAAAUGUUGAUAUGUUAACUAUAUGCUUUGUUGUUAUACCUAUAACUGUGAUACUUUUACCGUCCAUUUUGUUGUUAUUUAUAUACUAAUGUAUAUUCUAUUUAAUACAGAAAACAUAUCAGUUUUUAUACUCAAAGGAAGUUAGGGCUAUUACAGGAAAAAAUGUAUGGAAGGUUUGGUCACCACAGAAUAUCUUUUUUAAUGGGUAAAGGGAGUGGUUGAGAAUGAAAAAAGAAGUGUUGUCCAACCCCCAAUCCAUUUUUUUCUUUGAAUAGUCCUUAAUUGUAUAUCAUGUAUUCGAGAAUCACUUGUAUGUUUCAUAAACUUUGAUGAACCUUCAAAGUAUUGUUAUAUUGGAUGAAAAUAAACAAAACAAACUGUUGAUAAUUUGAAUUAUUUCAAACUAGUGUCCACAUAAAUUUAGUUCAUUAAAAAACAACUCUUAACCUGUACAGCUAUUUUAUUUCAGCUUCAGCAAAUUUUCAAUAGAAAAAUAUUUGGGACUCUAAAUUUAUGUGAAGUUUUUUGUUGCCUUAAAUUUUGUGAUGUUUCUUCUUGUUUAUCUUUAUUGUGCCUUGUACAGAUAAUAAAUCUGUUUUAUUUAAAUGUUUUAAAUACUUGCAAGAUGUUACCAACUCAUUUGCAUAUAUUGUAUUAUAUACACAGCUACAUCAUCAGUCUGGUACAUGUUAUGUAUUAUCAGUCACCUCAGGUUUAACUAACUACUCAUAGACUGUGAUAUCUUUGUGAUAUGUCAUGUGGUCAGUAAGUAAUUCUUGCCAUUGUGCUUGGUAGGUAUUAAUGUAUUGGUUUUCAGGGAAAGUAAAGACUCUUGAUCAAACAUUACAUCACAUGCAUUUUGGCCUACCAGAUACAAGAUCAAAAACUACUUGCUGACCAAUAGGUGUAAUUGUUUUAAACUGUUUUAGUGUGUUUAAUAAUGGUUUUGUUUAACAUUUUGAUUUUUUCCCUUUCUCACAAGGAAGGAAAAAAGUCGUUAACUGUUCUAAGUUUAUAUACCACAUUUUUUUAAAAUUGUGAAAUAGCCACAAGCAAAUAAUGUCAGUUUCAAAGUUUUUCAUCAGAAUUUUCACAUUUUUUUUUGUUAGAAUUAUGAUACAAGUUUUUGUUGUUUUUUUAAUUGUUACCACAAAUGCGCAUUUUGUUAUUUGGUUAUACACAGUAGUUGCUGAAUAUCACCACUGUUUUCUCAUCUAGGAAAAUAUUCAAGUAAAAGAGUAGAAUUGGUAAAAUAGGUAAAAGAAAAAAACUAUGAUAUUUUUAAGGUAUUUUUUUUUGACUUCAUUAGAAGAAGUGAAAUAUUCCUAGAGAAAAAUAAUUAUUGCGUUUUCUUGAAGUCCAUCCUAUUUUAAAGUGGCCAUGUUCAUUUGUUGUGAUUUUCUGUUUAACAUUGUUAUGUAUUGAAACAUCUUUUUUUCAUUUAAUUGCAGCUACUUUUAUAGUAUGACAGUUAGAAAAUAAAAUAUAUAUACAAAAUG